AUGGGGAAAAAUGUGUUGGUUCUGGGUGUUUCUCUUUUGUUUCUUCUUCUUCUUGGAGGUGUCUCUUCAGCUCCUACUGCUUCUUCACCUGCAAAGAUCGUUAGUGGGUUUUUAUCUAAUGCUCUGUCAGUCAUUAUGAAAUGGUUAUGUUUCCAAGGGAUGAUGAUGUGGAUAGCAAUCACUAGCAAGCCGAUGAUGAUGUUUGAGAGUGGAUACACAGUUGAGACCGUGUUUGAUGGGAGUAAGCUUGGGAUUGAGCCUCACACUGUUGAGGUUUUGCCUACUGGAGAGGUGCUGAUUUUGGACUCUGAUAAUAGCAACCUUUAUCGAAUUUCAGCUUCUUUAUCUUUAUAUAAUAGACCAACGCUGCUUGCUGGUUCCCCUGAAGGAUACCCUGGACAUGUCGACGGUAAGCCUAGAGAGGCGAGGAUGAACCACCCGAAAGGGUUAGCGGUAGAUGACAGAGGGAACAUUUUUAUCGCAGACACGAUGAAUAUGGCAAUCAGGAAAAUAAGCGAUGCAGGUGUUACAACCGUUGCUGGUGGGAAAUGGACACAUGGAGGGGGACAUGCAGAUGGACCGGGUGAAGAUGCAAAGUUCUCUAAUGAUUUUGAUGUCGUCUACGUUGGAAGCAGUUGCUCCCUUCUCGUGAUAGAUCGGGGAAACCGAGCUAUCAGAGAGAUUCAACUGCGUUUUGAUGACUGCGCCUACCGAUAUGGAAAUGGCUUCCCUCUUGGGAUUGGAGUACUUGUUGCAGCCGGCUUCUUCGGUUACAUGCUAGGUUUGUUACAGCGUAGAGUAGGCACCAUUGUAUCCUCCAAGAAUGUGAAUGCUGUUGUAUCGAGUUCGUGUCCAUACCAGGCACUCAUUCCAAAUGAAGAUGAACAAGUGAAGCAAGAAGAAGGCUUUUUCGGAUCCCUUGGGAAGCUUUUUGUCAAUGGUGGUGUAUGCGUUUCGGAAAUUCUUGGAGGAGUAUUUCCUGGUUUUCGAAAAAAGCCAGUAAGCUAA